GAACUCCUGGCUUCAGGUGAUCUAGCCAUCUUGGCCUCCCAACGUGCUGGGAUUACAGGCGUGAGCCCCGCAUCUUGCUCCUCCAGUUUCUGAUCAGAUUGGUGGGCCACAAGACACCAGAUGCCUGGUGCCAUUCAGUCCUGCCCUUUUUCUGCAGAAUGACCUUCCUGCCAGCACUCCUGCCUCCAAGUCCUGUGACUCCUCCCCACCCCAGGAAGCGUCCACCCCCGGGCCCAGCUCGGCCAGUCACCUCUGCCAGCUCGCUGCCAAGCCAGCGCCUUCCACGGACAGCAUCGGUCAGCAGCUCUGUGGUAUAUGGACGCUCCCCCAUGAUGGCAUUUGAGUCUCACCCGCAUCUCCGAGGGUCAUCCGUCUCUUCCUCGCUACCCAGCAUCCCCGGAGGAAAGCCGGCCUACUCCUUCCACGUGUCUGCAGACGGGCAGAUGCAGCCGGUGCCUUUCCCCUCCGACGCACUGGUGGGCGCGGGCAUCCCACGGCACGCCCGACAGCUGCACACGCUGGCACACGGCGAGGUGGUCUGUGCGGUCACCAUCAGCGGCUCCACGCAGCACGUGUACACGGGUGGCAAGGGCUGUGUGAAGGUGUGGGACGUGGGCCAGCCUGGGGCCAAGACACCUGUGGCCCAGCUCGACUGCCUGAACCGAGACAACUACAUUCGCUCCUGCAAGUUGCUGCCGGAUGGCCGGAGUCUAAUCGUGGGCGGUGAGGCCAGCACCUUGUCCAUUUGGGACCUGGCAGCGCCCACCCCCCGUAUCAAGGCCGAGCUGACCUCCUCGGCCCCAGCCUGCUACGCCCUGGCCGUCAGCCCCGACGCCAAGGUUUGCUUCUCCUGCUGCAGCGAUGGCAACAUUGUGGUCUGGGACCUGCAGAACCAGACGAUGGUCAGGCAGUUCCAGGGCCACACAGACGGCGCCAGCUGUAUUGACAUUUCUGAUUAUGGCACUCGGCUCUGGACAGGGGGCCUGGACAACACGGUGCGCUGCUGGGACCUGCGGGAGGGCCGCCAGCUGCAGCAGCACGACUUCAGCUCCCAGAUUUUCUCCCUGGGCCACUGCCCUAACCAGGACUGGCUGGCGGUCGGAAUGGAGAGUAGCAACGUGGAGAUCCUGCAUGUCCGUAAGCCAGAGAAGUACCAGCUGCAUCUCCACGAGAGCUGCGUCCUGUCCCUCAAGUUCGCCUCCUGCGGACGGUGGUUUGUGAGCACAGGGAAGGACAACCUGCUCAAUGCCUGGAGGACGCCAUACGGGGCCAGCAUUUUCCAGUCUAAGGAAUCGUCCUCCGUCCUGAGCUGUGACAUCUCCAGGAAUAACAAAUACAUCGUGACAGGCUCGGGGGACAAGAAGGCCACCGUAUACGAGGUGGUCUACUGAGACACCCCAUGUUCCUGCAACCCCAAGUCCAGACUCCUAGGGGAAGCAGCUCCAGGUCAGGCCCCCAGGAAGCGUCUCCCCGCCCUGCCUGUGAGCCCUUAGUAUCAUCUGCUUUCUGGCCAGUGGGUUUACCCCUGCUGCACGUGGGGGCCGCUGGGCAGGGGGCCUUGCGGGAAAUAAACGUAUUUAUCACAUCCGCA